UCUUGUGCGCCGGUACCGUGUCCUGGCGCAUUACCGAUGCUGUUCAGUCCUGCAAUACCUCUCAGUGAAUGUUGCGACGCGGUUACCCCUCACCCUGUCUUUUUUCCGCGCCUACCCCGCUGAGCGCAUUGCAUCACAGGUGAAGACAUGGUGAGUACCCUGAUGGCCCAGCAGUAUGACCUCGAAUGUCGAUAUCCUUUCGGCUCUCUACUCUCCGCAGCCGCCAAAAUGGCUUACAGCCUCCCAGACAACGACCGCGACUCGGCUUUCGGCGACGACGAUUUCUUCUGGGCCGAUCCCAUGUUCACCUCACUGUCCGCGCCGCUAGCAGGUUCGAAGCGCGACGCGGAUCAGGUUACACCAUCUGAUGCCCAAUCUGGGGCUCCGGAGAGGGCCGCGCAGAAGGAGCACCGAGCUGAGCACAUCGAUCCACAGGUUCUCACUUGCCGCACUUGUGAGGAUGCGGCCUGCCACGAGACAGGGUCUGAUUCGCGGCCGUCGAAACGCAGAGCUUCGGCCCUCAAGGUGGGCGAAUACCACAAUGUGGCCGGUGAGCAAGGCAGCUCCAAACCGAACACGGGCCAGCAGUUCCCGGACACCUGUUUCGAGCAGUUUUGCCAAGGGUGCGAUUGGGAUGCCCUGUGUACCUCCCCUUGCCCACUGCCCUGUCCCGGCGAGACUCAGUGCUCCCCGGAGGACGCCUGCUGGGACCCUCAUUGUGACGAAGGGGAGUGCGCGGAUCUCUGUGUUGACCCAGAGUGUACCAAGACGUCAGACACAGACGAUUCGUGCUUCUGCCAAAAGUGCGAAGCGCAACCUUGCCCCUUGGGUGAUCCAAACAGCGAGUGCCACAUCGCUCACUCUGGCCCAACGGCGGCGGGAACCAUCUUCUGCUACGACAACGCGCCUUGUCACUUUCAAGAAGGACAGCAUGGAUACCAUCCCACCUUGUCGGCGUACGAAUCGUAUCCGUGCUUCUCUCAGUCUCAUGGAGCAUCCGCCCACUGCCCUUCUACCACCCAGGCAUCGAGCGCCCCUACGCCUGUCUUAUCGCCCGGCAACUACACUUCUUUGGAGAGUGCCUUCAGCAGUCACCCGUCUCCGGCGCCGGGAUGGAGAAAUGCAUCUCCGUGUUUCCUGAACAUUGCUUCGGAGCAUUGUCACAUCGACAACUCGUGCUGCCACGGAGACUCACGAGCUUGUGGAGAUUGUCCGACCGCUCCACAGGAGCAUCUUGAUCUUUGGAAUGCAUCCAUGGCUUCCGGAAAUGGUCUUGCGGGUAGUUUCAUGAACUUUGGCCUACAGCAGAGCCAGGAUUCCCGGACUCUUUCGAUGGCUUCUUCCGGCACCAACGCAACCAUCCUCGACAGUAAUCUGCACAACCCUAUGCUCGGGUUCAACGACUUCUCCUGGAUGCUCCCCGAGUCACACUACUCAAGUGCCUUUCAAUCAUCGGUGCCGGAGAAUUCCAAAUUGGACUUUCUUGCCUCGGCGAUCCAAGACGAUAUCCUCAAAACUCCGGCUGCUCGAACCAAUACACCGCACUUAGACGCAAGCUCGGGCUUCGGCAAUUCUACGACAGCCCGCACACCCGCAGACCCCUCGCAAAGCAGCGUCUGUAAGUGGCAGCAUAGCCCCGGGGUGCUCUGCCUUGCCGUCUUCGGCUGUGCCGAAGACCUUCACAAGCACGUUAAGUCUGCUCAUGUGGACAACUGCACGCGCUGUUUCUGUCAAUGGGACGGCUGCGAUGCCUCUUCCAAAGACUUCAAACAGCGUUCUAAACUGUCUCGUCACCUGCUCGGCCACGCCGGCUAUCGCCCUUACGCUUGCAGUUUCGAAGGUUGUGGCAAGACUUUCGCUACCAAUCAAGCAAAAGACAACCAUGAACGGACACAUACUGGCGACCGUCCGUAUGUGUGCGACCGCUGCGGCUAUACAACGACGACGCAUACCCAACUGCAGACGCACAUAUCGGCGCUGCACGAAGGGAAGAAGCCACACAAAUGCCGCUUCUGCGAUUUUUCCUGCGCCGACAGUUCGAAUCUCAGCAAGCACGAGCGGACGCAUCAGACGCUUCGUCCUUACCGCUGCCCACAUCCCAACUGCACCUUCAAACCGGACUGCCGCUGGGAGAACCUAAAACGCCAUCUCCGCCGCUCUGGUCAUUGUUCGCAGCUACUUGUCGAGGGCAGCGAUGAGUAUAAAGCCUAUCGCGAGAGCGUGAGGCGUGAGAUUGACGAGUGGCAUAAGAGGAAUGAGGACGGCUCGACGAGGAUCACGAGGAGGAAACGGGGCGGUUGAUCAUUCGGACCAUUUUUAUCUCCUAUGCUCCAGGAAGUUUUGGAGACGGUUCUGGAAGGGAAUUAGAAAAGGGCAAGAGAGGCGACGGUAAUGAUUAUGGAUGCCCUGGACGACCUUUGAUGAGGCCUGCGACGGGGACAUGGAUGGCG